AUGAGCCCGUUACCAGCUGGGGGCGAAGGCCACAUGCUGGAAAUGAUGUCCCAGAAGACCAAGCGGGCCAAGGACAAGCUUUCCCGAGAGCCUCUGGACAAGGGUGUGACCUUCACAGCCUCCAGCUCCUUGGUCAAUGGGAAGAAAAAUCGGACAUCUUCAAGAAAACAACUGCAGCUACAGCUGAACCACCACCGACCCACCAGCAUCAUCCAGGAGCAGGUUCCCCUGUGGUCAGCCAGGCCAGAGAUGAAGUUCCCAUACAUCCAGGCAGAGGAGCUGAUGCAGGCCCACCUGCCCUCCAAGCUGGCUGGCGUGGCCUACCAUCCAGCCCAGUGUGCCCACCUGGCCAUGGUGCUGAGUGGUGAGAUCCGGGACCUGGUCAAGGCUGUCACCCCACCCCGCUACAGGCUAGUGUGCUCUGUCAGCAUUGGGAGCAAGGGGCAGGACGGUGUGGUAGUUUCCAGCCAGAGCCUGUGGGACCCACAUGCAGACAGCUUUGCCACCUCCCACUAUGCAAACCCCACACUCUUCUGUGUGGCGCUGGUGCACGCCAUCUAUCUGGAGUGA